AUGUCUUAAAACCUUAAUCGUUAAUUGCAAGCCAGACCGAAUAAAAAAACUGAAUAAUCUUUUGACUUCUUCAAAAAUACUAAAGUCUCAACUUGUAGUUAUAUCAAAAGGAAGGGAGAUGAUUUUAUUGCAGUUCCAUACUAUUUUAAACCAAAUUAAAGAAACUUAGAUUAUUUGAAGUAUUAACUGUAUUUCAAAUUAGUAAAUCCAUGUAUUCAACAUCAACCAAUCAUGAUGCUUAUAAUAAUAAACAAAGAUGUUUUUCAAGUAUGAGAAAUAAACCUUUAUCUCCAUACAAUCCUUUAGCUCAUCGUAAUAGAUUAGCAGAUCAAAGUUUAAGAAUCUCUUCUAGUAAUUUUUGCUAAAUAGAAAUUGGUGAUAGGUUAUAAAAAAUACUAACUUUAGAAAUUAAAGAAUGAUUAAGCAUUAUGUAACUUCAUAUAAGAAUCAUCUUGGUAAUUUUGGAGAAACCACACCUUGUUAGAAUCCUUUAAUCAUGGCUGAAAGGGCAAAAUGGAAUCAUAGACUUAAGGAUAAAUGA